AUGGGGAAUAGUCUGCUUGUCACUCCAGAAUAUACACUACUUCAGUAUCCUGCACAUUGGGCCCUGCCGUCUCGGACGUCGGGGAGUAUGGAGACCGACCAAGACGACGCAUGCGCGAUUCUCGCCGGAGACUGUUCCAGACUACGUAUUUACGAUGCGAAAACUGUGUUCACAGUUGUGUCGUGUUCUGACCUGCAUGCCCUUCUCGGAGCUGUGGAGCGUAUCAAAUUCCACGUGAUUUUCUGGAAGAGACCAAGAGCACGAGGAACGACAGGACUGCGAACGUGUGCCGAGCGUGCGUCGAAGCCGCUCACGACAAACUUGGAUCGAAUUUCGAAGACUGCCAAGAAAUUGAUGGAACGAAGAAGGACUUUGAGGCUUGGCCCGAGUGCAUCGAACAUUGAGUGGCAGAGGAAAAUUCUGGACGUACGAAGAAGUACGAAGAAGAACAAGUCUAAAGUAAGAAGCAAUACGAAGAAGAACAAGUCUAAAGAAGUGGAUCGCUCACGCCGUAUUCCUUCGUCAACUCCUGUAUUAACCCCGAUCACUGCCACUGGUGUAGCUCCACCACGUAUUCUUUCUUCGGAAGUACGACUUGUCAUCAAGAGUAUGAAACCUGGGACCAUCCCGGACCUGAUUUGA